AUGGAUUUUGGUAUAUGUUCUGUUUAUGCUGCCAAUGAUUAUACGGAAAGGAGUAUGUUUUGGUCUUGGCUUAGCUCGCUUCCUGACAUUCCCUGGAUGUUUGGAGGUGAUUUCAAUAUGAUUGAGAAUCAAGAAGAUAAACUAGGAGGUCUCCCUUUCUCUUGGAAAGAGCAGGAAAGACUUACCUGGAAUAACUUUAAAAGGACUAAAUCCCUUUUUGAUCCUUUAAGGGGAAGCAAGAAUAAUAACCCUAGCCUCUGGUUUACUUGGUGUAAUUUUCAGAAGGGUCAGUAUAGAAUCUACUCUAGACUUGAUAGAUUCUAUCUUAAUAGCAAUUUCUUUUCUGUGAUUCCGGAUAAGAAUAAUAACUUGGUGCUUGUCUCCCCUACCACUCUUUCAGAUCACCACCCUAUUUCUAUAUCUCUUAAUCUCGGCUGCUCACCUAUUUAUAGCAAUCAUUCUAACCGUAAAUUCAUUCUCAACACUAGCCUUCUAGAGGAUAAUGACAUUCUUGCUGCCAUUUCCAUUAUUAGACUCAUCAAUGAGUCUCAUUUUCCCUCUUUAUCCUAUAUCCGUAGGUGGAGUCUAGAUGUCUCUGCCUGGCAGAACUUUUUAAGAACUAUUGGUCAAAAGAAGGCCAAAGAUUAUAGAUUUAAGGAAUCCUGGCUUAAUGAUAAUCUUUAUAAUGCUGAAAUUGAUAUCCAAAAUAACCCGGAUGAUCCUUAUCUCUGUCACCAGCUUGCCCAUGCUAAGAAUGCUCUCAGAAAACAUCAACAUCAAAAAGCUCUAGGGGCGAGAAUUCGUUCAAGAGCCCAUUGGUUACAUUAUGGAGAUAGAGGUAGUAAAUUUUUCUUUAAUCUUAUUAAACAUAAGCAAGCUAAGGAAUCUAUUGAUAAACUGCUUAUUGACAAUCAAUUGAUUACUGAUAUUGAUAUUAUCAAGAGUGAAUUUGCUGAAUUUUAUAAAAAUCUUUUUACUUCGGAGGAUUCUCAGGAGGCUAGGGCCCUUAGAGAUCAAUGUAUGAAUCUUAUUCCUAAAAGGAUCUCGGCUGAGGAUGCUUCUAUUCUUGAGCAGCCCUUGUCUCUUGAGGAAAUUGAGAAUCUAUCAAUUCCCUUAAUAAUGAUAGAGCUCCUGGGCCUGACGGGCUACCUGCGGAAUUCUACAAGGCUAACAGUAAAUGGAUUAGCAAAGUCUUAA